UUACCCGAAUUUGUGGGAGAAAAACUAAACCAGAGUGAACAAACGAGACAGAGAUUCCCAUGAGUGACCAUGGCGACGAAAUGACCUGCCGCCGGCAGCGGCGGCGGCGGCGGACAUCCCCGGCGGCGCCGGCGCCGCCGCCGGUGCUUCCGCCGGACAACGACGACCUCAUCCAGGAGAUCCUCCUCCGCCUCCCCUCGCAUCCCUCCUCCCUCCCCCGCGCCUCCCUCGUCUGCAAGCAGUGGCGCCGCCUCGUCUCCGACCCCGCCUUCCUCCGCCGCUUCCGCGCCCGCCACCGGGAUCCCCCCCUCCUCGGCGUCUUCAAGGACGAGCUCCACCACCCCGUCUUCAGAUCCGUCCUCGACCCGCCGGAUCUCAUCCCGCCCGACCGCUUCGCGCUGCGGCUCGACGACUACCGCGCCGCGAGCCUCCUCGGCUGCCGCCACGGCCUCGUCCUCAUCUUCAACUACAACACCUGCGAGUUCCUCGUGUGGGAUCCCGUUUCCGGCGAUCGCCGCCGCGUGGCCGUUCCGCAGGAGCUCGACGGUGGGGAGAGAUCCGUCAUGAACGGCGCGGUGCUUUGUGCCGCCGGCGACGACGGCCACGUGCACGGCGGCGGCUUCCGGUCCUGCCACUUCAAGGUGGUCUUGAUCGGCGCCAGCAAGAUGGAUGGGCGAAUCUUCGCCUCAAUUUACUCAUCGGUGACCGGCGAAUGGGGUGAUGCCAUCUUCACAGGGCCUGUAUCCACCAUCUACUAUUUUGGUUCACCUGCCAUACUUGUUGGCAACUCACUCUAUUGGUUGCUAUCUGUGUGGGGGCCUCACAUUCUUGAGUUCAAUCUCGAGACGUCGACCCUAGCUGUGAUCGAUGGCAAUUGGCCACAGAUGAAUUUUUCUAGCGAUUGCCACUAUUGUAUCAUGCGUGGGGAGGAUGGUAAUGUCGGCCUUGCCAUUCUGUCGUACCGCGGAUUCCAAAUGUGGGAGAGGAAGGUCACUCUUGGAGGUGCCGCGAAAUGGGUGCUGUGGAAGACUGUCAAGCUGCAUGACAUUCUUGGGCUGAGUUCUGCUGUGCAGAGAGAGAAAACAGAUAUCGUGGGAUAUUCCGAGGAUCCUAAUGCGUUUAUUUUAGUGGUGGAUACGGAUUUCUACAUGUUCCGAGUUGACUCAAUGCAGUCCAAGAAACUUUUUGAUUGCAAUGUCGUCACCCGCUGUCAUCCCUUCACAAGUUUCUACACUGCAGCAAUGGAAGCCAUUGGACCAGACGAGUGAGCUCAAUAAGCUGGAUUGCAUUGUUGAAGAGCUGUGAAAAAAGCUCAAUCUUGAUGGAUUGCUAGGGCUGGCAGGCAGCCUGUCAAAGGCAAUGGAGAAAGAGUUCAAACAUGUGUGUGGCUCCUUGCCUUAUCCAUCACCCUCACUAUCAUUGCUGACGCCUCCAAUGCGAGCAAAAUAAGGGCAUUAUGGCUAAUAGAAUCUGGCUUCAAUGUGACAAAGAUGAGAAGAAAAAUACUGAAACCAAUAACUUUCAAUGCUAUAUGACUAAAAUUAUAGUCGCCAAGAUAAGAUGCUACCCUACCAUUCUUGAUUUUGCUUUUGUACCCGGAGGAACAGUGGUAGAUGAAAGAAGUGAAUACUAGAGUAAGAGCCUGUUUGGUUCUAUGCCAGUAUUAGCCUUACCAAUUAUUCUGGCUAUGAAAAUAUUUGGCCAUGGUCAACAUUUGGCAA